AUGUGUUGCUCGAGGAAAUCUUCCUCCGCCUCCGCCGCCUGCCCCUCCUCCCACCGCAUCAUCGCCGACCAUGCCUUCUUGCGCCGCUACCGCGCCCUCCACCCACCACCUCUCAUCGGCAUUCUCGACAACCAGAAACACUUCAUCCCAGCACAGCCGCCGCACCCCUCCGCCCUCGCUGCCCGCGCCUUCACCGGCUUCGAUUUCUCUUGCUCCUCCUUACUCCCCUCCACCGCCGGCCGUACCUGGAGUCCAAUUGACUUCUUUGACGGACGUGUCCUCCUAGCCAGCGUCCCAGUCAGAAAUUUUGUUGGCAGACACAUCCUCUUGGGCUCCAAAGUGGACGGCAAAAGUUUGGUCAGGAAGUUCAUCGUGUGCGACCCGGUGCACCGUCGGUAUAUCAUGCUGCCCGCCAUCCCCGUUGACCUGAACGCGCUGGUCCAUAAACAGGAACUCCUCGGUCAGGAGAUUUUCCUUGCUCCCGGUGAGGACAAGGAAGACCCAUUGUCAUUCCGGGUGAUAUGCUUGGUGCAAUGCAGAAUGAAUCUGUUGCUUCUGGUCUUCUCCUCGUUGAAUGGACAAUGGCAUGUUCUUACUUCUGACCAAUGGGGUGCUUCGCUGUCCAGUCGUCAAUUCGUCCAUGGAUGCUUCUAUUGGCAUUUGCAAUUGCGGAACGAGUUACUUGUGCUUGACUUGCACGCAAUGGAGUUUUCUACUGUCAACCUCCAAUCUGAGUCACUAGGGAGUAAAAGUUUCCUCCUUGUCGAGGCAGAAAAAGGAAUGCUCGGGAUGCUCACUGUAGGUAACGGCUAUGAUAAGGACAUCAAAGAUCGUCGAUAUUGGCUCGCGUAUUCUAUUCUGACAAAUAACCAAUGGCAUUUGGAGAAGGUCAUCCCGUUACCGGUAAAGGAUGUGCGUCUGGUUCGUGCAGCCGGGGGAUACCUGCUCAUGUACACGGUGCACUUAAAAUCUUCUCAAGGCCAGCUGGAGUUUCGAUACUUUUCGGUGGACCUUAAGACUUUCCAGGUCGAGUUGUUCACUGCAGUUUGCAAGCACUUUCCUGGACGACUGUACGCUGGUUUCCAAAACCACCUGGACGACUCUGAUCUGGAUGCUGAUGCCAUGUCGAAGAAGAGAAGAGUUUGUUCCUCCAUGCGCCUUGUGGUCUAG